AUGUCCAACGAGAACCAAGUUCCAGUUGAUUUCAUGUCUUGCGAUCAGGUAUGAGUUUUUAUUUAGGGUUCAAAAACUAAGAAUGAAAAAUUUGAGAAAUUAGUAAUCUUUCGUGAUCCCCGUUUCAAAAAUAAUUUAAAAAAAUAUUUUUUUGGAGCCCCAAGCAAGAAGCCUCUUUAAAUUCUUUUAUUUUUUUAGGCGUUAUUUACAGGUGAAGCCAGAAUACGCGGGGAUAACUUCCGGAGAAAAGCAGGGUGCGACUCCGCCGACACCGCGGCAGACGAAACCUCCGCUCUGUAUUCAAUCUACAAGUUGGUUUCCCUACAGGAAAAUUAUUUGAAUUAAUCAAAAAAAUUUUUGGACGUCGGAAAAAAACACUCCAUGCAGCUGUAAAUCGAACAAAACAGAGGCAAAAAAAGCGUUUCUGUAGUUUUACGCUAUAUCAAUUAAAAAUAAUUUUUAAGUUUCUUUCAAAAAACACAAAGAGAAAAAUCGUUUUCAAAAACAGCUUUAACAAGGAAUUAUAUUCAAAAAGCUCAGUUUUGCUUUUUUCUUAGAAUAAGGAUUGCAGGAACACGAACACCCAGCUCUUUUCGAAAAUGAGCCCAAAAAGGCUUCCCCACAGGAACCCGGACAGGAAAAGGCAGAGGUUUUCUUCAUAUCUUAUCGAAAAUAUGUCUGAGAACUGAAAGUUUUCAAAACUUUUCUCACCAAAUAAAAAAAAUCAAAAAAAAAUUGUUUAUGAAAAAAAUAACUUGGAAGAUGAUUCGAAAAUUUUUCUAUAGGAAGAAAAAACUAUUUGAAUUCUGAACUCCUUUUCGAUUGAUCUAAGACAUUUGCUUACAGCAGAAGAAAGAAGCUCAAGACCUGGCGGCUGCUCAGCGCACUUCAUACGAAAAGCAGCAAGUACGUUCGACUUUUCCUUCUUUGAAAACCUCUCCUGACUCAUUGAAAUGGGAAAAUUAUUAAGUCAAAGAAGACCAAAGUCCGGCUAACGUUAAACCUUUUUAAACUUCUUGCGAAUUCGGUAAAAGAAAUGGAACCUUUGAGAGCUGUACAGGAAACUUUUUUCCGAGCGAGACUUUUAAAAGCUCGAGAGAUACGUCACAAUCAAAGUUCAAACCAUUUCCGCUUGCACCUAAAAGAUAUCAUAUCAAAAAAACGCAGGAAUUUGAAAUGCUUGACAAUUCUAGUAAUCAAGUUAUUUUCCAGUUCCGAGAGAUCAAAAGACUUCGUCAAAGUGUUCAUGGACUGCCCCGGCAGACCGGAUGCGUCAACCUGCAUUCUUUGAUCACUCAGCAACGAACUCCAAUUUACCUCGCUGAAGCUGUUAGUUUUCAUGGAAUUCCCACGGAUUUUAUCAAUAUUAGCUCAUCUCCAGCAAAAAUAGUCAAAAUUGGGCAACUUAUUUUUUGAAACAGUAACCUCAACAAAGAACCCAAAUUUGAAAUGGACUUGAGUUUGUAUUGAAAUGGAACCCCUUGUUUUAACCAAGAAGCUGAAAAAUACUUUUUUUCAGGGUGCCGCCUGCAAGAAAGAAAAAAUAGAGUAG